AAAGCUGCAGCAGGUGGUUUGGCCAUCACUGCACUGCACAUUCUCGUUUCUCUGAUCCUGUGGUUAAGCUGGCAGAGUCAAAAGUUUGUUUUUAAUGAAUCGACACACUGGGGAAGAUAUGGGAGAUUUGGGGAAGCUUGAACUUGUUAUUUGCUGCUUUCGCUAUUCCGAUUUCCCAAGAAAUUUGUGUAUUUGAGAAUCUCUUUGUUCGAAGGAUAAACAGUUCAUUCGUCUAGGAUUGACUCCAUUCUUGAAUCUUGAUAACUCAGAAAGAAUCAAAGAAGAAAGAAUUGAAGAAGAAGGGCAAGAUUCUUUUUUUAAAAAAAAAAAAAAUUGCCAUGGCUGAUUCGCCGUCGUUCUCUUCAUCAUCUUCCUCGAAGCUUGUGUACUUCGUGGUAAUUCCAUUGAUUUUACUGUCUGGGCUACUGCUUGCAUUUAAUCAGAAAACUUCAAGAAGUUUAUCCUGGCCAGAACCUCGCCGUAAGGGGAAUUCAAAUCCCACUCCCGCCACCGCCGCCGGCGGCGGCGGCGGCGGGAAGGAGGAUCACUCACCGAUUUCGAAGAACACGAGAUUGUUUCAGAGAGAAGAGAAUCUGGACACUGUUGAGGCAAGCCUUGCCCGAGCCCGAGCCGCCAUCCACCUGGCCAGGCAGAACAACGAAUCAUCGUACGAUCCCGAUUACAUCCCCACAGGUUCAUUUUACAGGAACGCAGUUGCUUUCCACAGGAGUUAUCUGGAGAUGGAGAAGCUCUUCAAGCUCUACGUGUACGAGGAAGGAGAGCCACCACUAUUUCAUUACAGCAACAGCUUAGGAAUUUUAGGGAUUGAGGGCAUCCUCAUGCACCAAAUUGAGAUCAGCAAAUUUCGCACAACCGAUCCUCGAAAGGCCCACGUUUACUUCCUCCCUUUAAGCGUGCAGUCCAUCGCUAGCUACGCUUACGUCAUCCACAACCGAGAAUGGACUCCAUUGCAAGACAUAGCCAGGGACUACAUCAAACUCAUCUCCACAAAGUAUCCUUACUGGAAUCGAACUUCAGGACACGACCAUUUCCUCCUCGCCUGUCAUGAUUGGGCUCCGACGAUCUCCCACGGCGUGCCGCAAAUGUUCAAGAACACGAUCAGAGUUCUAUGCAAUGCCAACACUUCGGAAGGAUUCAAGCCGUCGACGGACGUCUCGAUGCCGGAGAUAUAUUUACCCGACGGAACAAUGGAUGGCUUAAUUGGCGGACCGCCUGCGUCGAAACGGUCGAUUUUAGUGUUCUAUGCAGGAGGCGUCCACGGCGACAUAAGACAAGUCCUCAUGGAACAUUGGAAGGACAAUGACCCGGACGUGCAAGUCCACGACUACUUGCCCAAAGAUAUGUCCUAUUAUGACAUGUUUAGAAAAAGCAAGUUCUGCAUUUGUCCGAGCGGUUGGGAAGUCGCUAGCCCGAGAAUGGUCGAGGCCCUCUACACGGGAUGUGUUCCCGUGCUACUUAAGGACAAUUAUGCCAAGCCAUUCGAUGAUGUCUUGGAUUGGACCACAUUCGCCGUGGAUGUUCGGUCCAAGGAAAUUCCGGACUUGAAGAACAUUCUAACGGCUAUUCCUGCGGAUAAGUAUGGUGCAAUGCAAGAAACAGGGACUAUUGUGAGACGACACUUUGAAGUCAAUUUUCCUCCCAAACGAUACGACGUCUUUCACAUGAUACUCCAUUCGAUAUGGCUUAGAAGAAUCAACAUUCAGCUUCACGACACAGAAUGAAUGGCAAUUAUGUUUAGAAAGUUCUAUAUAGAAAUGUGGUAUACUACUACUACUACCUGUUUUUGUCUGUUCAUUACCAUCAGCUUUCUUUCUUUUAGGAUUGAUUCAGGUGGUAAGAAAGUUUGAGAAACUAACUACCUGUAAUAGCUAUAAAGAGCAGAAAUCCUUGAACGAAAUACUCGAAAAUCAAUAAAUGUUGUUAGAAGUAAUCAAAAAUCCUUAACAUCAGGCAACCGAAAAUUAAGGCGUCUCAGCCAAACCGAAUGCAGUAUCAUGUGGAAGACGUCGUAACUCCUCGGAGGGAGAUUGACCUCAAAAUGCCGUCUUGCAAUAACGCCC